UACCCGGAAGUUGCACAGAUUGAUCUUGUUUUGUUGUCAAAGUUGUUGCUGCGCAGCUCCGUGGGUUUCCUCUCCCAUUGCGUAUUGUGUCCAGAUGGCCGACGGUGAGGUUGUGAACGGCUCUGCUGAAAACCAAGAGGUGGCGCCAUCGGGUAAGAAAUCUGGACGUGCCUCGCUGCUGGAUAGCGGGGAAGACUUCACAAUGCUGGAUGAUGUGGAAGAUGACGUGGAUGACGACCUCCCGCCUUUAGAAGAUGCAGGUGGAGGAAAGAAGAAAGACAGUCCAGCUAAAGACGCUACAAAAGCAGAUCAAACUCCUUCAAUAGAACAGGAAGAGUGGCUGGAUGUUUUAGGAAAUGGGCAGCUUAGAAAGAAAGUUGUGGAAGCCGGAGCUGGUCCAGACAGCAGACCCCAGAGAGGCCAAAUUGUCACAAUUCAUCUUAAAACCAGUCUUACUAAUGGAACUGUGGUAGAAGAGCUGCCAAACCUAUCUUUUACACUUGGUGAUGGGGACGUUCUCCAGUUAACCCCGUUCAUCUCCUCUGUCAGCUCUACUCCUGCUGCGCCUCCUGAUUCUGAUCUCAUCCUGGAGGUGCAGCUGUUGUCGGCAGAUGACGCCCCAGACCUGGAGCUCAUGCCGCCCUCUGAGCGAAUCAGUUUGGCCAACAGAAAGCGAGAGCGAGGAAACGUCCACUUCCAGCGCGCCGACUACGCCUUUGCCGUCAACUCGUACGGAAUCGCGCUACAGAUAACCGAAGCAACUUCCAGAGUGGACAUCAGUCAACAAGAAGAGGAAGAACUUUUGGACAUGGAGGUGAAAUGUCUCAACAACAUGGCCGCUGCUCAACUCAAGCUUGACCACUAUGAAGCCGCGCUGCGCUCCUGCGUCUCCGUCCUGGCGCACCAGCCGGACAAUGUCAAAGCCCUGUUCCGCAAAGGCAAGGUACUGGCUCUGCAGGGCGAGUAUGCCGAAGCCAUUAAAUCACUGAAAAGGGCCUUGAAGUUGGAGCCAAGUAAUAAGACCAUCCAUGCUGAGCUGUCGAAGCUUGUGAAGAAACACUCAGAGCAGAAAGGAGCCGAACAGGCCAUGUAUAAAAAGAUGCUGGGUAACCCGACGAAUGCCAGUGUGCAGAAACACCGUGCCAAGUCCUCUUGGAGUCUCAGCUGGAAGUGGCUUUUUGGGGCUACAGCCGUUGCGAUUGGUGGUGUAGCUCUAUCAGUCGUCAUCGCAGCUAGAAAUUAACCAGAAUUCACUGUGACGGGAUGGAUGACAUGGUGCUGAAGACCUUGAGCACACCAGGCCCCCAAACACCUUACUGACCUUCAUAAAAAAAAAAUUGUAAUUGAAAGUAGAAUGGUUGUAGUUCUGUUGCCGUCCAUUGCACAGUAGAGGUUUUAAAUGGCGUUCACUUUUUACUUUCAAUGCAUGAAAGAUGAGCUGGGGAGAAAUAGAUGUGAGAAAUAUUAUAUAAUUCCUAUUUAUGUACAGAAAAGUUCCUAGUUAUAAUUAAGAAAUGUAUCGAUGUACAGAAUGAUGCUCUUCAGGUUGCUGGACACAGUCGUGCUGCAGAACUCUUCAAUUACGUGUGUGAAGUUCCAUGAUCUUCUUUUGGUGAACUGAAACUUGCUUGUGAACAGUCUUGAACAUUCAAGAAUAUGAUUGUAUGCUUUUUCUUUUGCAGUAUCUACAGGCAUCUGAUGCUAAAGAAAGACAACACUAUUUCAAAAGUCCUUACACUGAUGUGGUACGUUACUGGUUUUCGCGCUUUCUUCUCCUUUUAUAGGCUCCAAAAUAUCACUGGAAUCAGCUGCUGUUCCCAGAGUUUCUCAUUUUCAUGGCCAAACACUGCAAGGAAGGUCAUACAGACCUUUUCAGUUUAUUUUUCAGCUCCUACAAGAAUUAUUUUCAUUUAUUUAGUAUUAUUUAUUUAGGAUGAACAGACAUGUGAGUUUUUUUUAAUCCUUAAGUUGGUUUUUUGUUGUAUUGGCAACAUCCGACAUUCCCUUUAAAGUUAUUUUGUAUAUCCUAUAAUAAACUUUUGCACUUUCUGUUCAUAUGGUUGAAAAUAAAGUGAUUUCUUGAAAAUG